CACAGCUGUUUUUAUGUCCAUUUUAUAGGUGAGGAAACUGAGGCUUUGGGCUUCAAUAAUACUCAGGAUCACAGUGGCACAGCCCUAAGCCAGCUUGGUUGCAAGAACAAAACCUCCCUCACACCAGCAUCUGAAGAGGUAGUGAGGACAUAGGUCAUGUGAGGAGAGGGUCUCAUAGGACCUGAGAGCAUAUGCAGAGCACACGUGCCACCUGUGUGUCCACUGCCCGGCUCAUCCAUCUCUGCUGUCUUGUCCCCAGGCACUGUGACCAUGGAGGCAGUGUUGGCACGACUGAAGCUCCUAAAUUCAGAUGAUCUUAGAGAAGAGAUUGUCAGAGCUGGCCUAAAGUGUGGGCCCAUCACAGCAACCACCCGGUUUGUGUUUGAGAAGAAGUUGGCUCAGGCUUUGCUGGAGCAGGGUGGGGCACUGCCUGCCUCCCUUCCCGACCUUGUUGGCCCAGACACACCAAGCACGCUGAUCUCUGCUGCGGGCACGAGGGCCAGUUACUCUGAGGACAGAGAUUUUGGUUACAGUGUGGGCUUGAACCCCCCAGAGGAGGAGGCCAUGAUGUCUGAGACCUGCCCAGUGCCCCUCAGUGCCUCACCCGGGAUUGACACCCAUACAGCUAGAGAGACAGUCAACAAGGUACCAGCCCUGUACUAUGGCGUGUGCCCGGUGUAUGAAGACGGCCCCGUGAGAAACGAAAAGAUCCAUGUUUAUGAAGAUAAAAAGGAAGCAUUACAAGCUGUCAAAAUGAUCAAAGGGUCCCGGUUUAAAGCUUUUCCAACUAGAGAAGAUGCUGAGAAAUUUGCUAGAGGAAUUUGUGAUUAUUUUCCUUCUCUGAACAGAGUCUCAUCACCGCUGUCCCCUGUGAAGGUGGCUCCACUCUUUAGCAGUGGCGGGUGGAAAGAUGGUUUCUGCUUGUCCGAAUCAGAAACAGUAAACAAAGAAGGAGCGAACAGUUAUAAAAGCCCUCGCACACAGGACCUCACUGCUAAGCUACGGAAAGCCGUGGAACAGGGAGAAGAAAAGGCCUUCUCUGACCUUGUCUGGAGCAACCCCCGGUACCUAAUUGGCUCAGGGGACACCCCAACUGUCGUACAGGAAGGAUGUAGGUAUAAUGUCAUGCAUGUUGCUGCCAAGGCGAACCAGGCUUCUAUCUGCCAGCUGACGCUGGAGACUUUAGAAAACCCUGAGUUCAUGCAGCUUAUGUACCCAGAUGAUGACGUGGAUAUGCUGCAGAAGCGCAUUCACUACCUCGUGGACCUAUAUCUGAACACUCCUGACAAGGUGGGGUACGACACACCAUUGCAUUUUGCUUGUAAGUUUGGGAAUGUGGAGGUUGUCAAUGUGCUUUCUUCACAUCCUUUGAUUGAGAAAAAAUGCAAGAAUAAAUAUGACAAGACACCUGAAGAGGUGAUUUGUGAAAGAAACAAAGAUAAACCUGUAGAACUAAAAGAGAGGAUCAGAGAAUAUUUACAGGGUCACUACUACGUGCCGCUUCUGAGAGCAGAUGAUACCUCCUCUCCUGUCAUUGGGGAGCUGUGGUCCCCAGACCAGUCAGCCGAGGCCUCACCUGCUGACCACUGUGGAGCCAAUCCCCGGGACCCUGUGCGGACUGUGAGGGCCUUUGCAGGGCCCCUGAGUCCUGCCAAGGCAGAAGAUUUUCGAAAACUCUGGAAAACUCCACCUCGAGAGAAAGCAGGCUUCUUCCACAGUGUCAGGAAGUCUGACUCGGAAAGAGGCAUUGAGAGAGUGGGAAGGGAGCUCGCUCAUGAGUUGAAGAUUCCCUGGGCUGAAUACUGGGAAUUUCUGGGCUGUUUUGUGGAUCUGUCUUCCCAAGAGGGGCUGCAAAAGCUAGAAAAGUAUCUUGCUCAACAGGAAAGAGGAAAAAAUGAAGCCUGCCCCCAAGAAAAACCCUUUGCCUCUGGCCAUGAGCAGCAGUGCAGCAACUCUGUUUCCGUGGGGGCGUUUCUAGAUGGAGAUGGUGAUAUGAGUCUGGAAGAAAUGAAAAAUCGGCAGAACACAGCUCAGAACCACAGUCAGCCGGCAGCUAAUGCUUUCAGGAACCUGGAGCCCAGUGCUAAAACUGACUUCACAGCAGCCUCAGGCCUGUGCUGCUCCAUUCCCAAUGGGCUGUGCUGUCCCUCGAGUCCCAGCAAGACCCUGUGUGGGAGACCAGAGGCCCCUGGAAUAGAGCAGGACCUUCUGUCACAUGUCUCUGAUUUGAUGCUUGAGUUCGAUAAACUGAAUUUGCAAAAUGAAGUUGGUAACCUUUCCAAGACACCAAAUACAGAUAAGAAAACUAAAGAUAAGAAAAAGAACAAAAUACAAAGUGACUUAUUGGCACCUGCUCCUGCUGCAGACAAACUUGGAAAUAACCAAACGGGAGCAGAGAGUAACAUGUCAGCUGUGCUGGCUACGAUGUCCUUGGAUUCCAGGUCCCAGGCUAUGCCAGGUCCUGUGACCAACCCCCCCAGCAGGCUCUUCCUUUGUGGGGAGGAACCUUGCAAGCUGGACCAGGAUGUCCUAGCAGCUCUGCAGGGUGCAGAUGUCGACCCUCGCCAGUAUCCAGCAGUGCACCAGUGGAAGAGUGCUGUCCUGUGCUACUCGCCUGCAGACAGGCAGAGUUGGCCAAGCCCGGCUCUGAAAGGAAAGCUCAAAUGUCAGCUACCAGACCUCGGCUAUCCUCACAGUGGCAGCCUGGGGCGAAGCGGUCCAGAUGGCAGCAGCCCUGGUAGGCCUGGCCAUGCCCCUCACUCCCCUGGCAUGGACAGCCCCAGGCGCUACAGCCCUGCACAUGGGCGCCUUCUGCAUCGGACAGCUGCACCCAGCACCCAGCUAGCAGCCCUGUAGGCUGCAUUCGUUCCCUUCUUCACUUUCAAAGGAAGAGGGUAAUGUGCUUAUCGGGAAGAUUUCACAAAGGAGCAUAUUUUAAGUAACUUACAUUCUGCACUUCGAAGGUACAGGGAUUAUAGAAAUGCAAAUGUUCUACAUAGAAGUAAAAAUCAGUGAUGUCAUAGAAGAAGCUGUUAACAGCCACUGAAAUACAGAUCUUGUGUACUGUCCCUGUGGCAGUGAGGACUUUAGGUGCAGUCACUGGGACACCUGCAGUGUCCCACUGACUCCACUCAGGAUCCGUGUGAGGAUGGGCUGCAUUUGGCCCCUUCUCCUAGAGCAGCUUCUUGGUGGAUGAUGACAGGUUCCCACUUGUCGGCAGAUAAACUUGAGCAUUGCAGGCUGGUAGCAGGGUUGGAAACUUCACUGGCCAGAAACUGGGGUGUGGUGGCACAUGCCUGUAAUCCCAGCACUUGGGAGGCUGAGGCAGGAGGAUCACUGAUCACUUUGAUUUC